AUGGCAGAGGCUUUGGAGAACAACACGGCGUCUUCGGCGUUUGCUGCUCCCGACGACGACGAGCUGGAAUUGAAUGAAAUGGUGAACGAGAGCGUGCAGCAAGAAGAAGCAAAGGUUUCAGCUGCUGUGCAGAGUACUACACCCCAUAAAGAUGGCAGUCCUGCCGCCGCCGCUGCAGUCGAUGAUGACACGGAUAUCGUGACUGAAGACAAUCAGCCCGAGGAGACACUGAAAGAGGAUAUUCAGACAGUGAUAGCGGCAAUACCCGUGGAAGCAGCCGCUCAGCAUGAAGAUGUCGAGGUAGCCGAGUCAGCAGAAACGGAGGCCGCUCAGCCUGAAGAAGCACGUCAGUCUGUGGAAGCAGUUGAGCCUGAAGAAAUUAAGGCAACGCAACCUGAAACAGCUGAAGAAACUCAGCCUGAAGAAUCUGAAACACCUCAGCCCGAGGAAGCUGAAGCAAGUCGGCCUGAAGAAGUUACGACAGCUCAACCUGAUGAUGUCAAGACAGCUCAACCUGAUGGUGUUGAGACAGCUCAGUCGGAAGUGAUCGAGGCAACUCAGCCUGGAGAAGCAAAGGCACCAGAUAGUGACACUGUUGAUAAUACAGCAGAGCCAGACACCUCAGCAGCCAGUGCCGAAGGUGAUGAGGAGACAGUGCCACAAUCUGACGUGCAUGCUGCAACCGACGAUGAGAGCUGA